AUGCCAGGGCAAAAGCGCCGCCUGUCACACGACUCUCCACCAAAACGCACAAAGAGACUUGCCACCGCCCCGACCGCCCUCAACGAUGAAGACGAAGACUCGCUCGAGGCUAUUCUCGCGCUGAUCAAAGCUCACGAGGAGAGCGAGGCUCUCGCCCGAAACCUUCAGGAUGAAUGGAACGGCGGUAGUAUUGACAUGGACACCUCUGGACCAUCCUCCUCUCGUCCGCGUUCGAGCUCGAGCCGCGAUCCCAACAGCAGUACGGAGCGCUCUCCUUUAUCCCCUGAUCACGCAGAUGUCAUAGACGCCUCAUAUGGCGACUCUUGCCAUGACGAACGCGUCCCGGUUCCUGAAGACGACGAAUCCAUGGCGCGUCGCCUUGCCAAAGAGUGGGAGAUCGAGGACUCUGUCCGAUUCAAUGAUCUCCCGCGCCCGCCCCCGACGUCUGCGUCGUCCGUUCGGCGGAUCAAACACAAAGCACAGCGCGUGCGGGUCAACUCCCCGGAGGGCUCUCAAUGUGAUUUGACAACGAUCGACGACAAGGACGACGCCACUAUCACCAACGAAAAGCUACCGGCCGUCGCACAGCUUGAGCAAUGCAGAGACUUUUUCACAGGCGAAAAGACCUGCUCGUCGUGUCGGUCGACGCUUCCCUCCCCUCGCGGGCAUGUUACAUUUUCUCAGCACAUAAUGGCACCCCCGAGCCUCCUCCGCCUCCUGCACGCCCCGUGCAAGUCCUGUGAUAGCCCGGAAUGCGCCGUCCAGACGUGUUGCACCAACGUGCGCGUUCUAGCCUUAUUCGAAGCCCUUGGAGGCUUCGACAGGUUGUACCUAGUGGAGCGCGAGACUUCCGACCAGCGGGCGCGCGAGAUAGCUGCUCGAGCCAAGAAGGCUCAGAUGGGCAGCGUCGGCCCCGGGGGCACGGGAUACGGCACGGACCCGUCAUACGGACACCAGUACCCACAUAUUGCGACAGCGAAGCGCGUCAGGCGCGGCGGACGCUCCCCUGCCGCGUCGAAGUCGAGCGGGGAACCCGCACUCGCCCUGGUGCAAUCAUUCGAUGAGAUCAUCGUGCGCGCACUCAACACUAUCACAGGGUUCCUCCCCGCCCCGUAUGCGGAAGACCCGCAAAUAUACGACCUUCUACCCCACCAGGCGGUCGGAGGGCUGCUUGCGCUAUCGCAGCUACCGGCCUUGUUGGGGUAUUUGCUCCGGAACGACUCGGUGACGGACUGGAUCACGCGCAUAGACAUUUAUCAUGCUAUGCUCCGCCUGCUGAGACGGAUGGCGGACUGUGAGCUCACUCUAGAAGUGCUCGUCGGCGAGCGGUGGGAGAUGUCCAAGAGCUGUGGGCUUGAAGACUGGAUGUGGGACGAAGACAGCAUCGUUUGGGAGCGCAACACGGACACGGGCGCAUAUGUCCGCGCACCGCCGCUCUACGUGCACUUCAAGAAGCUCACGCGGCAAUGCGAGGCGUUCCUCGCUGGGGCGUCGAGCAUGCUGGAGUCCGCAGGAGCCGAAGAGGAUAGCGACGUCGCGGAGACAGCUGUGAUGGCCACUUUGCUGUGCGGCGACAUCAUCGCGGCAAGGGACGACAUCGAACGAGCUAUGGCCGUAAUGGGCAAGAAUCCCCCAUCGGCCCUCCAUGGACUAGAGCCCAGCGAAGUCCCUAGUGCAUCGGAGGCUCCUUCUGGACCCUCGUAUUCUAGCAGCAGCAAAAGGCAGGCCGGUACGUCGAAAGACAAGGGCAAGGCGCGCGACUCCUCCAUCGACCUCGAACGCAAGUACGCAGCCGAGUGCGAGCGGCUUGCGUUCAAGUACGUCGCACUCUCUGAGGGGGCGUACAAUUACGCACCGGAGCUGCAAAAGACCGCGAACGCCACAAGGAACCCGAAGGACCGCUUGCACCUCGUCAAGGAGCUCGCGGUGAUGGCGACGAGCCUGCCCCCCGGCGUGUGGGUCCGUGUGGACGAGGUCCGGAACGACGCAAUCAAAGUUGUGAUAGCCGGACCCGCAGGGACGCCGUACGCGGGGGGCCUUUUCGAGUUUGACUGCUUCAUCCCACUCGAGUACCCGCACAAGCCCCCGCUGAUGCACCUCCGCACGACCGGCGGCGGCUCAGUGCGCUUCAACCCGAACCUGUACAACUCCGGCAAGGUGUGCCUGUCCCUCCUCGGGACAUGGCCUGGCCGGCCGGGAUUUGGGAAGGCGAAUCCCAGCAACCAGGCGAGCAUAGAGUAUAACAAGAAUAUCUGCAUGCACACCACGCGUUGGGCCAUCGUCGACUGGGUGAAGGACGAGCAUAAACACGGUAUAUGGGCUGAGGUGAUUGCGUCGCACUUCUCUACCCGAUACGAUACUAUCAGGAAAUGCAUACAAGAGUGGGCGAAGACGCAGCCGAAUAUCCGCAAGUACUUGACAUAUACCGGGGGAAAUUUAUAUGGCGGCGCACUUGCCUACAGCCCAAUUAUCAUGCCGCCAUCCCUCUUACAUGCCGACCCAGAGAUAUCGUCCUCUGCCAUGGCUUUGGGCGGUGUAGCCCCUCCGUACCCUGAUGCUUCGUCAUCCCAUGGGAGCACAGCAUCUCUCCUUUCCAGCCACGCAAACCGUGACGGGCGGGGUAAGCAGCCAGCACUAAGCACAUCAAAACCCAUGGAUUUGUUGGAAGAGUUCGACACAGGAGUGAAGAGGGUGCAAAAAUGGAAGUUUGGGGAGGCAGAGUCCACGGAUCUCGACUAA